CUUUAAGUAUAUAUGUCCAAAAACGAAAAAGAAUUGCGAUAAAAAGUUUUUGUUUAUGGAUAGAUUUCAUAAUUCAUAGGCAAACAUAUUACAAAAAUAAAAUUAAUUUGAAAUUUCAAUAUCUCAAUAAAAGAACAUAUUUGAUGCAUAAAAUUCAGUAAAAUAAUUAUAGCUCGGCUCUCAAUAUGGAGGAAGACGAACUGUUCUAGGUUUUCGCUAGUAUCAUAAAAGUAUCGUGAUAAAUACUCUUAAUUUAUAUUAUCUUCGUACAGAGUCACACGUGAUAAAUGAUAUUUUGCAUAUGAUGAUUUUGUUAUGAAUGUACUAAAUAGAAAUCAUGUAUUUGUUUAGGUGUUAUGUAUCAACGUUGAGACAAUACAUAUUUCUACAUUUCUUCUUUUACAAGUUCAUCAUCAAUUAGAUAAAAAUCUCAAUUCAAAAAUUCUUUUUAACGAUCUUCGUUCAUCAUUUAAUAUUGACGAUUAUAUACAUGGUCAUAAUGAUCUUGUCUAUGAUGCAGAUAAACGUAAAUUUUCUAAUUUAGCUUAUCCGAAUACUUCUAAAUUUACUCUUCAUCAUGCCACAUAA